AGACCAAACUAGCAGCUUCCUCUGAGUGAGUCCAACUGUAGGGGAGAAAAGUGGAAACAUCCAACUCUGCUGCUUCCAGCUGCUCACACUCCACACACUGAAGCUUCUCUUAGAGACAAAAUGGCUUCCAGAUCAGAGGAGGGUCUCUGCUGUCCAGUCUGUAAGGACAUCUUUAAGGAUCAAGUCAUUCUGCCAUGUUGCCACAGCUUCUGUAAGGAGUGUCUAAAGGACUGGUGGAGAGAGAAACUAGCAAGAGAGUGCCCAGUUUGUAAGAAACCAUCAGUCACCAAAGAUUCAUUUUGUAACUUGGUUCUGCAGAACCUGUGUGAGACUUUCUUACAGCACAGAGAUCAGACAUUUUCAGAGGAUCUCUGCAGUCUGCACUCUGAGAAACUCAAACUCUUCUGUCUGGACCAUCAGCAGCCAGUUUGUCACAUCUGCAGUCACUCAGAUAAACACACCGGGCAUAGAUUUAAUCCUACUGAGGAAGUUGUGCAGCAACUCAAGAGCAAAAUUAAAGAAUCUCUGGAGCCUAUUAAAAAUAACUUGGACCUCAGGAGGAAAGUUCUGGAAAAGGUUUAUAGAACCGCAGACCACCUGAAGGUCCAGGCCCGACACACAGAGAGGCAGAUUGUUGAGCAGUUUAAGAAGCUUCAUCAGUUUCUAGCAGAGGAAGAGGAGGCCAGGCUGGCUGCACUGAGGGAGGAAGAGGAGCAGAAGAGAGGGAUGAUGGAGGAGAAGAUAGAGGCUUUGAGCAGAGAGAUAGCAGCUCUUUCAGACACAGUCAGAGCCACAGAGGAGGAGCUGAGAGCUGCAGACGUCUCAUUCCUGCACAACUACAAGGCUGCAGUGGAAAGAGUCCAGCGCUGCCCCCUGCUGGAGGAUCCACAGCUGCCCUCAGGAGCUCUGAUAGACCAGGCCAAACAUCUGGGCAACCUGGCCUUCAACAUCUGGAGCAACAUGGAGAACAUGGUGACCUACACUCCUCUAGUUCUGGACCCAAACACUGCUCAUCCAGGACUCCACCUGUCUGAAGAUCUGACCAGUUUGACUAUUAGAGAAGAGAAACAGCAGCUUCCUGAUAAUCCAGAGAGGUUUGAUGAAUGGGAAUCCAUCCUGAGCUCUGAGGGUUUUAACUCUGGGAACCACAGCUGGGAUGUUGAAGUUGGAGACAGUGAAGGCUGGGUGCUCGGUGUGAUACCAGAGUCAGUCCAGAGGAAGGGAGAGAUAGAGUCUGGAUGGUUGGCUAUAUGGUUAUAUAGAGGUAAAUAUAAAGCAGAGUCUCCACCAGCUCCAGUCACGUUUCUCUCUGUCCAGACGAAGAUCCAGAGGAUCAGAGUGAAUCUGGACUGGGACAGAGGAAAGCUGUCGUUCUAUGAUCUGGAUACUAACACACACAUACACACCUUCACACACACCUUCACUGACAAGAUGUUUCCAUUGUUCAACACUUGGAAGAAAGUAAAAAUCCUCCCUAUGAAGAUCUCAGUGAUCAAACAUCAAACUCCGUGAGGUUUUCAUAUUUAGAUGAGGAACAUCUCAGCAGAUUUAUCAGGAACAGGAAGAAGCU